CCUAAAGAAACAACCUGUGAUCCUUCAUAGGUACACAAGAAAAUUUAUAUAUUUUAAUCUGAUCCUGAAGUCCCUGUUCAACGGAAAGAAGAUUUUUGUUUUAGUUGUACCAUAUCAAUAUGGCAAUUCUAUGCUUUUAUAAGAACCCAGGCUUGCAACCUGGUCGAGUUACAAAUAUAUUGGAGCAACUUCAACAGAUUUCAAAAUCAGUUAUCAGUAUAGAAACUGAAUUAUGUUAUUACAUUGAAGCUACCUCUCCAUUCUCAAAUGAAGAAAUUGGUAUAUUGAAUUGGAUUCUUAGCUCACCAUUUCAACCUGAAAAGCUGACUGAUUCCAGUUCUCUUAAAGGGAAAACUCCUAACACGCUUCUGGUAGAGAUUGGACCAAGGUUGAAUUUUUCCACUGCUUUCUCAAGUAAUGCUGUAUCAAUAUGUAAAUCAGUUGAAUUGGGUAAAGUAAAAAGAGUUGAAGUAUCUACCAGGUAUCUGAUUCAAUUAAAUGGUACGUUCACUGCCUCACUUGAAAAAUCUAUUGUGGACGUUUUGCAUGAUAAAAUGACCCAGUGCAGAUACAUUGAGCCCAUACAAACUUUUGAUCAUGGUUUCCGACCAGAAAAGUGGUUUGAAGUAGAUAUUUUGAAUAAUGGAAGGAAAGCUUUAGAAGAUGUUAAUUCGGAAUUAGGCCUCGCGUUGGACAAUUGGGACUUAGACUUUUAUACAGAUCUAUUUCGCAAUAAGUUGAAGCGAAAUCCGACCAGCGUAGAAUGUUUUGAUCUCGCACAAUCCAACAGUGAACACAGUAGACACUGGUUCUUUAAGGGUCGAAUGGUGAUUGAUGGAGAAGAAAAAGAAGCAUCCCUUAUCGAUAUGAUCAUUGAUACACAAUGUACUUCUAAUCAGAAUAAUGUUAUUAAGUUCAGCGAUAACAGUUCGGCCAUCCGUGGUUUUAAAAUUUUUGCACUUCGACCUGAUAACACAAGCGAACCCAGUCCAAUUCGAAUUUCCAACUUGGAUCAGCACUUGAUCUUCACGGCUGAGACACACAAUUUUCCAACUGGAGUAGCACCCUUUAGUGGUGCAACAACUGGAACUGGCGGAAGACUGAGAGAUAUUCAAGGAGUUGGUAGAGGAGGAUAUUAUAUUGCAGGAACUGCUGGAUACUCAGUUGGAAAUCUCCAUAUUCCAGGAUACGAUCUGCCUUGGGAAGAGACGGAUCUUCCAUAUCCUGGAAAUUUCGCGUCGCCUUUAGAAAUCAUCGUAGAGGCUAGCAAUGGAGCUUCGGAUUAUGGCAAUAAAUUUGGGGAGCCGCUUAUUUCGGGAUUUGCUAGGACUUACGGUUUAAUUGAUUCCACCGGUGAGAGAAGGGAAUGGAUCAAGCCGAUAAUGUUCAGUGGCGGACUGGGGUCAAUGGACUCCAAUAUGACGGAAAAGUUACCAGCUGAAAAGGGGAUGGAAGUCAUAAAAAUCGGUGGACCUAUUUAUAGAAUUGGCGUUGGAGGUGGUUCAGCCAGUUCUGUUGAGGUUCAAGGUGACAAUAAGGCUGAAUUGGAUUUCGGAGCAGUUCAACGAGGCGAUGCGGAAAUGGAGCAGAAAUUAAAUCGUCUGGUUCGCGCUUGUAUGGAAAUGGGUGAUCAAAAUCCAAUUUUGAGUAUUCAUGACCAAGGAGCUGGUGGAAACGGUAAUGUGUUGAAGGAAUUGGUGGAGCCGGCGGGGGCUGUGAUUUUUACAAGAAAGUUCGAAUUAGGCGACCCGAGUAUUAGUACACUUGAAUUAUGGGGUGCGGAAUAUCAAGAAAACGACGCAAUACUUUGUCGUCCAAAGGAUAGUGAACUUCUUCGAAAAAUAGCAGCUAGAGAACGUUGUCCAAUUAAUUUCGUAGGAACUGUGACAGGAUCAGGGAAAAUAGUGCUUUCAGAAGAAGAGGAUUGUAAUCCUAUUAAAUACCUGGAUAAUAAAUCUACAUCAAAUAUUCGACAUCCUGUAGAUCUUGAUUUGGAGUUAGUUUUAGGAAAGAUGCCAAGAAAGACCUUUUCAUUGACCAGAGGAAAACUUAACUUGGCGACCAUUGAGCUGCCAAAAGGUUUGACAGUCGAAUCUGCUCUUGAUAGAGUUCUUAGGCUACCUGCUGUUGCUAGCAAGAGAUAUCUCACUAGCAAAGUUGAUCGUUGCGUAACAGGAUUGGUAGCGCAGCAGCAAUGUGUAGGACCAUUGCAUACUCCAUUAGCGGAUGUAGCAGUCACUGCAAUUUCACACUUUUCCACGGUUGGCAUCGCUACGUCUAUUGGAGAGCAGCCAAUAAAAGGUUUGAUUAAUCCGGAAGCUGGUGCCAGGAUGACAGUGGCUGAAUCAUUAUCGAAUCUCGUUUUUGCGCUAAUUACGAAUCUCAAGGAUGUCAAAUGCAGUGGCAAUUGGAUGUGGGCGGCCAAACUUCCUGGAGAAGGUGCAGCAAUUUAUGAUGCAUGCACAGCAAUGUGCAAUAUAAUGAAGGAAUUUGGAAUUGCCAUUGACGGAGGAAAGGAUUCUCUCAGUAUGGCAGCAAGGAUUGGGAAGGAUAUUGUAAAAGCUCCGGGAACUCUAGUCGUAUCAUCUUAUGCUCCUUGUCCAGACAUUCGUCAGGUGGUCACACCCGAUUUCAAGGAACCUUCUAUUGGAGGAGAAGGAAAGAUUCUAUUUGUCGACUUAUCAAAUGGUAAAAGCCGUAUCGGAGGAACAGCCUUAGCUCAAGUAUACAAACAAUUGGGAAACAAUUCACCUGAUGUAGAAAAUACUCAAACGAUAAUAAAUGCAUUUAAUGCCACUCAACAUCUUAUUAAAGAAAAUAAAAUAUCUGCGGGGCACGACAUAAGUGAUGGUGGCCUGAUCACGUGUCUUCUGGAAAUGAGCUUUGCCGGAAUAUCUGGAAUAGAUAUUAAUAUUUCUCAUAAACAGGCUGAUCCUAUUAGUGUACUCUUUAAUGAGGAGGUGGGUUGGGUCCUGGAAGUCGAUCCGAAACACGAAAAUUAUGUUCUGGAAACAUUUAAGCGUUUCAAUGCUCCAAUUUAUCCGAUCGGAAAAUCAGUUGGAUUUGGUUUGAACUCGACGAUAAAUAUUUCUGUAAAUAACAAAGCCGUGCUGAACUCCACGGUCUUGUCGUACAUGAAAAUUUGGGAGGAAACUAGUUUCCAAUUGGAAAAACGUCAAACUAAUGUUAGAUACGCCGAAGAAGAAUAUUAUGGAUUAAAAAAUAGAACUGCACCAGCUUACAAAUUAAGUUUUGACCCAUCGAGAAGACCAUCCAUUCCAAGAAAUGAUUUGCCAGGAAAAAUUAGCGUAGCUGUUAUUCGCGAAGAAGGAAUCAAUGGAGAUCGCGAAAUGGCAGCUGCCUUGGUCCAUGCUGGAUUUGAAGUAUGGGAUGUUACUGUACAAGAUCUUCUAAAAGAAAGUAUUACUUUAGAUAGGUUCAAGGGCGUUAUCUUCCCGGGUGGUUUCAGUUAUGCCGAUGUUCUGGGCUCUGCCAAAGGUUGGGCAGCAAGUUUACGAUUUCAUCCUUCAUUAAGGAAGCAACUUAAUGCUUUCGUAGAACGCAAAGACACAUUUAGUCUUGGUGUUUGCAAUGGAUGUCAACUGAUGAGUUUGCUUGGCUGGGUCGGAAAAAAUGCCGACGGCAAGAAUGACGAACCCAACAUUGUACUGGAUCAUAAUGAUUCAGGAAGGUAUGAGUGUCGCUGGUCUACUGUAAGAAUAGAAAAUUCUCCAUCCAUAAUGCUGCAAGGAUUGGAAGGAAGUAUCUUGGGCGUUUGGAUUGCACAUGGUGAGGGUCGAUUCACAUUCCGAAAUCAAUUAAUUUUGGACAGUCUCAGAAGACAAAAUUGCUUAGCGAUUCGAUAUGUGGAUGAUAUGGGUUUACCAACACAGAAGUAUCCCAUGAAUCCUAAUGGAAGCAUUGAGGGAAUUGCUGGAGUUUGCUCAAAGGAUGGUCGUCAUUUAGCUAUGAUGCCACAUCCUGAACGUUGUACCAGAAUGUGGCAAUGGCCCUGGGCUCCAGCUUCUUGGGAAAUGUCUGAGGAUUCACCAUGGCAGAGAAUAUUUGAUAAUGCUUUCCUAUGGUGUUCCGAAAUUUAGAAAAUAACGCACAAAAAAGUGUCACUAAAAUUCAUUCUUCUGAAUUUUUUUAGGAAUUAUAUUUACAUUCCAUAUUCUGUUAACAAACCAUUUAUAUACAGGGUGUCC